CGCCUUCUUCCAUCUUUGUAAACAACUCUACAGUGCGCAUGCGCGUUCGUGUGUCACAAUAAUGGGUGACAAUCUUUUCCAGCCGCUGUGAACCUAACUACCGUGUACAUUUGCAGGAUUCGGACAACUCGACGUGCAGCUGAGUGUGUUAAAACACAAUGGCCUCCGACUCGGUAGCUCAGACUCCUGGGUCGAGGAUCAUGACCUUCCACCCGACCAAAGAGGAAUUUAAAGACUUCAGCCGCUACAUUGCUUACAUGGAGUCAAAGGGUGCUCACUUAGCUGGCAUGGCGAAGGUUGUGCCUCCUAAGGACUGGAAGCCUCGCCACACAUAUGAUGAUAUUGAUGACCUGGUCAUUCCUGCUCCUAUUCAGCAAGUGGUGACUGGUCAGUCCGGGCUUUUCACACAGUAUAACAUCCAGAAGAAACCCAUGACUGUCCGCGAGUUCCGCAAGAUCGCUAACACAGAGAGGUUCUGCACUCCCCGGCAUGUAGAUCUUGAUGAGCUGGAGAGAAAGUACUGGAAGAAUCUUACAUUUAAUCCUCCACUCUAUGGAGCGGAUGUCAACGGAACUCUCUACGAUCCAGAUGUAAACGAGUGGAACAUCGGGCAUCUGAACUCUAUCCUGGACACAGUGGAGAGAGAGAGUGGCAUAAAGAUUAAAGGGGUGAACACACCGUAUCUGUAUUUCGGGAUGUGGAAGAGCACAUUCGCCUGGCACACUGAGGACAUGGACCUUUACAGCAUCAAUUAUCUGCACUUUGGGGAACCCAAGUCCUGGUAUGUUGUGCCUCCUGAACAUGGGAAGCGAUUAGAACGUCUUGCGAAAGGCUUUUUUCCUGGAAGUGCCCAAAGUUGUGAAGCCUUCUUGCGACACAAAAUGACUUUGAUUUCUCCAUCAAUACUAAGAAAGUAUGGCAUACCUCUUGAGAAGGUUGCACAGGACGCUGGUCAGUUCAUGGUGACCUUCCCCUAUGCCUAUCAUGCUGGAUUCAAUCAUGGAUUUAACUGUGCAGAGUCCACAAACUUCGCCACUCAGCGCUGGAUCGACUACGGCAAGCAGGCAGCAUUAGUAAGUUGUUCAUGCCGUAAAGAUAUGGUGAAGAUUUCUAUGGACGUGUUUGUGCGAAAGUUCCAGCCAGAUCGAUAUAAACUAUGGAAGGCAGGAAAGGACAGUGUAAACAUUGACCACACCAAACCCACACCAGAAGCUGCAGAGUUCCUGGAGGAUGGAAAGGCACCAGGUGAAGCAGGAGAACUAAGCAACAGCAGCCUUGCUGAUACCAGAGGAGAGGGGGAGACAAAAACAGCAGAUGACAAUGGAGGGGAGAGAGAGACCGAGAAGUUACCUAUAGUGCAAAACAAGACAAACACCAAGGGAGAAGACAAAGUGAUAGAAAAUGCAGAUGCACAGCAAGUAAAGACAGAAACCAGAAAGACUAAACCACAAGUAGAUGGUGAAAUGAAGAAGACACAGACUGAAGCAGACAAUACUGAGAAAAUAAACAUAGAGAAAGAAGCAACCGAUGAAGAGAGAGUCCAAACAGAAAGAAAAGAGUCAGAGCUGGAGUACAUAACGGAUCAAGAGGCAGGUCUCACGGAGACAAACAAAUCUGAAAGAGAAAUAGGGGAAACCGAGAGGGAGACAGAAAAUAACAUCACAGAGAGCAGAGAGAAGGAUAAGACUGAUGGGGGGAAAGAUGAGACAGACACAGUAGAAAUAGAGACUGAAGAAAUAAACCAGCCAAAGACUGAAACAGAGACAGCAAGGAGAGAGAUGGAAAGUGGAAAGGAAGAGUUGGACAGCAGUGAGAUAAAGCACGAUGUGGGCGAGACACAUAGCCAAGAAUUGGGGACUGAAAAAAAGAAUCUGUCUGUCGUUCAAGUGACGAACACAUCUGUGACAGAGAUGAAAACACCAAAGAAUGUGGAAUGUCAAGAGACAGACAGAGAAGAUAAAGAAAAUGAAAAAGAAGACAGAGAGACAGGAGAGGCAAGGAUGGAUAAUUCUGAAAGAGGGAAGACAGAGAGUGAGACAGAGUGUGGAAAGAUGGAAUGUGAGACAGGUGAAACAGGAAGAGGCAGCAAGACAGAUAGUGGUGAGACGGAGAGUGACACAGGAGUGACAGGGAUAGGGAAGAUGGAGAUUGAGGCAGGAGAGACAGGGAUAGGGAAGAUGGAGAUUGAGGCAGGAGAGACAGGGAUAGGGAAGAUGGAGAUUGAGGCAGGAGAGACAGAGAUAGGAAAGCUGGAGAGUAAGACAGAUAGUGGCAGUGUAGAGAGUGAGAUGGGGGAGACAGGGAGAGGAGAGAUGGAAAGCCAUCCAGAAGUCGGAGAGAUAGAGAGUGUGACAGAGAAGGAAGAACAGAAAAGAGAAACACAGAGUGGAAUGCUGGAGAAUGCGAAAGAGGAGAAAGGCUUAGGGGAAAUGGAGGGCAAGACAGGGAAUGAAGAGAUGGAAAGUAUGACAGGGGAGACUGGGAGAGGAGAGAUGGCGAGUGAGUCAGUAAGGGGACAGAUUGAGGGUGAGCCCAGAGAAUUGGAGAGUGAAGCAGGGGAGAUGGAGAGUAGACAGAUACAUAGUGAGAUGGUACAAACUGACAGACAAAUGGAGAGUGAGAAAAGCAGGGGUAAAAUGGAGCAUAAGACACGAAAGACAAAUAGAAAAGAAGUGGUCAACGAGACAGAGGGGACAGGGAAAAUAGGGAUAGGGCUUAAGACAGUAGAGGCAGUAAGAAGGAUGGAGAACAAGACAGCAGUAAAUACUGAGAGAGAACCAAGUACAGAAGAAGUGGAGAGUGAGUCAGGAUGGAGAAGUUGUAGAAAUAUGGACAGUGAGACAAGGGGAAGAGAGGUGGGAAGUGAAGCAGAAGAUACAGAAAAGGGGGAGAUAGAAAUGGACACAAAGGAGAAGGUGGUGGAGAAUGAGACAGGAAGAGGAGAGGUGAAGACAGCGAAAGGGAAAGGAGAGACAGAGCGCAUAGCAGGGAAAGAAGAGAUGGAGAAUGAGAUAGGAGAGACAGGGAUAGAGGAGACGGAGGUAGAGAGUGUAACUGAGAAGGAAGACAUGGAGGGUGAGACAGGGAGAGAAGAGGGAGAGAGUGUAAAUGAGAAGGAAGACCUGGAGAGUGAGACGGGGAGAGAAGAGGGAGAGAGUGUAAAUGAGAAGGAAGACCUGGAGAGUGAGACAGGGAGAGAAGAGGUAGAGAGUGUAACAGUGAAGGAAGACAUGGAGGGUGAGACAGGGAGAGAAGAGGUUGAGAGUGUAACAGUGAAGGAAGACAUGGAGGGUGAGACAGGGAGAGAAGAGGUAGAGAGUGUAACAGUGAAGGAAGACAUGGAGGGUGAGACAGGGAGAGAAGAGGUAGAGAGUGUAACAGUGAAGGAAGACAUGGAGGGUGAGACAGGGAGAGAAGAGGUAGAGAGUGUAACAGUGAAGGAAGACAUGGAGGGUGAGACAGGGAGAGAAGAGGUAGAGAGUGUAACAGUGAAGGAAGACAUGGAGGGUGAGACAGGGAGAGAAGAGGUAGAGAGUGUAACAGUGAAGAAAGACCUGGAGAGUGAGACGGGGAGAGAGGAGGUAGAGAGUGUAAAUGAGAAGGAAGACAUUGAGGUAGAGAGUAUAAAUGAAAAGGAAGACCUGGAGAGUGAGAUGGGGAGAGAGGAGGUAAAGAGUGUAACAGCAAAGGAAGAUAUUGAGAGUAAGACAGGGAGAGAAGAGGUAGAGAGUGUAAAACUGAAGGAAGAAACAGAGAGUGGCAUAGAGAGAGGGGGUGUUUUAAAAAAAGCAUAUGAAGAAAGAAAAAUAGAAAUUGCAGAUACCAUAAAAGAAGAGAAUGCCAAUCCAAAGGAAAAAGUAGCAGAGAAAGAAAGCAAGGUUAUGGAGAAAGGAGUAACGGAAACAGAAGAAGAGACUAAGACAAGCAUUUCUUCUAUUCAGAACAAGAGAAGCAAUUCUCAGCCGAAGGGGAGGAUGAAACGGCCGAGAGGAGCCAGUGCUGGUUCUGCCGAGGCUGUAGAACAUGUCACGCGAAAGAGAACAAGGUUCAGUCAUCCUAAAACAAAGCAUGAGGCAAAACAGCCCGAUUCAUCAGGACAAGAUGCGAGUGACACUGAGGACAGCAUGGAAAUAGGCGCUCCAUCACUGAAAGAGGAAAAGAAGUCAGACCAGUCCCACAUAGAGAUUCCACCUCCUCAUCUUUCAUCAAAUAAACAGCCACUCACCAUCACUCCUAAAACUCCUAACCGAAGCCAUAGCUCUCUGCCCUGCCGUAUCACUACUACGUCUUCCCAGCCUCGCAAAAUCCCCUCUCGGCCCAAAGAAAACACUCCAUGCUGUGAUACUAGAACUAAGCGCCCUCAACCUAACACCACCGCCUCUCUGUUACGGCGUGCUGUUAUCACCAAACACAACAAAACCACCAAUCAAUCUCCAUCUAGAAACAUUACUGCACGCUCCAUUGACCUCAGCAUUCAGGCUGCCAAUAAUUCAAGAUACCGUGGUGAUAUAACACCAAAACGCAGGAAAACCAGCCCUAAACAUGAUGCCAAUCCCAGGGAGAGUCAUGGCAUCUCUGUACCAAAUGAGAACAGUGAUGAGACCAAGGCUACCUACGGAGGGAGCUCGGCCCAGCGGAUUUUCCAACGGACGCUCAGUCCUGCUGAGGUGCUACAUGUCCACAGCUAUGCUAAAGGAGACUACUGCGAUCUGGAUCGACAACAAAGAGACAGCGACACAGACACAGAGACACAGGAGAAUGGACAGCAGGGGGCAGACGAUGGCUCUUAUGAGGCACUGAACAGUCUAGUGAGGCUGCCCAGACAGCAUCCCUUAAUAAAGGACAGCAUCAGUGAUGAGGAGCUUCAGGACCAGGCCUUAUUUGAGGAGGAUGGUUUAGAGGGUGAGCUGUGGGCUAAGCCUCUGGCUCAGCUGUGGCAGAACAGACCUUGCAAUGAACAGCGAGAGCGAGAGUACAACAGAGAGAUGGGCCUCCAGCCACCAUACUGUGCCGUCUGUAUGAUCUUCCAAACACACCAGCGGUCUGAAGAGGCUGACUGCGAGCAGACUACAGUUCAGGCUGGACGUCAAAUGAGGACAAAGCCACUGAUCCCUGAGAUGUGUUUCAGCACAACCACAGAAGAGUGCACUGACCUUCAACUGUCUACUCCACACUUGGAUCAGGAUGGAACAAGCCUGCUGGUUAGCUGCUCCCACUGCUGUGUGCGUGUACAUGCCAGUUGCUAUGGCGUUUCCCCUGAGAAAGUAACAAAAGACUGGAAAUGUGCCCGUUGCAAAGCCAACGCCCUGACGGAGAGUUGUUGCCUGUGCUCAUUAAGAGGUGGAGCCUUACACAGAGCCAACAAUGACAAGUGGGUGCAUGUGCUGUGUGCAGUGGCAGUGUUAGAGGCUCGCUUUGUGAACAUCACAGAGAGAUCUCCAGUGGAUCUCAGUGGCAUUCCAUUACAGAGAUUUAAGCUGAAAUGUUACUAUUGUAAGAGGCGGAUGAAGAAAACGAUCGGCUGCUGUGUGCAGUGUUCUCAUGGUCGCUGCCCCACCUCGUACCACCCUACCUGUGCCCAGGCUGCAGGGGUCCUUAUGCACCCGGAUGACUGGCCUUUCAUUGUCCACGUCACCUGCUGCCGUCACAAAGGCCCUGUCCAAUCAGAGAGGAAAAAGGAGGCCAUGAGGGAAAUCAGUGCAGGCCAGAAAGUGAUCUGCAAGCACAAAAAUGGACGCUACUACCAAUGUGAUGUGGUUCAGCUGACAAAAGAGACAUUUUAUGAGGUCAACUUUGAUGAUGGCACCUUCAGUGACAACCUCUUUCCUGAGGACAUCGUGAACCGUGACUGUGCACAGCUGGGUCCUCCACCCAUGGGAGAGGUGGUGCAAGUUCGUUGGACAGACGGAAUCACUUACGGAGCCAAAUUUGUGGCAGCUCAUGUCAUUCAAAUGUACCAGGUGGAGUUUGAGGAUGGCUCACAGCUCACAGCCAAGAGAGAUGAUGUCUAUACAUUAGAUGAAGAACUGCCCAAAAGGGUGAAAUCCAGACUGUCGAAGGCAUCAGACAUGCGUUUCGAUGGUAUCUUUGGUGAGAAGAAGCUGCAGGACAGCAAGAGGCAGCGCGUGAUAAACUCCAGAUACAGAGGUGAUUACAUCGAGCCAGUCAUCUAUCGAACCAUCAUGGAGUAACCAGCAUCAUCACCUUCUUCCGCACAGCACCAGCAUUGAUUGAGCAAAGUUCCCACCCAUGUGUCUCAUAACAUGACGUGAGAAUAUUUGUGUGUGACAUUGCAUAUAUCAUCUUUUUUAACAAGUUUUAAAUUGAUCCAAGAGCAUUGCCAUCACCCUCAUCUCAGAAAAGCUUUUAUUAGAGGCAUUUUUAAAACACAAACACACGCAGCUGUGCCACAUCCUUUCAGACAUGAUGUGGUUUUUAUAUCCUUACUGAAAAUUGAGCCACUUAUGCAUACAUUUUGGCCAGAAAGCAUUAGAGUUUGUACUAGUUUUAUACAGGUCCUUGUCGUUCCCUCCUGUUGUUCAGCUUGCAUUAAUUUAUUUCCUUCCAAGUUCAGGGUGCUAAUACUUACCCAUAUAUUUUUAUUAAACGGAGGAAACAUUGCCAUUUUAUCAACAUGAACACCUCCUUUUUUAAUCCACACUGUUGUCAAAUUGUACAGCUGCAUUCCUGAAUAUUGUAGAUUAUUUGGAACAUAAUGAAUUUUAGAUUUGUUUUGAUUUUGUUUUUUGUGUAUUUUUUUUUUUUUACCAGUCUAUUUAUUAGAUGGUGCUUUCUGAAAGUAGCCUUUGCAAUAUAAAUGAGUUCUAACAGCACUGUCAUCUAAACAGACGAUGUUGUUUUUGUUUUAAGCUGGGUGGUUCUUUCAAAAUGCCACGGAUUUCCUUCCAUACUUCCUCUCAGUUAGCUCUGCUAUACAAGGCGUUUAAAGACCUCCUUUGCCCUGCUGUUCAGUCAGCUGUGUUUUAUGUUCAUUACUUACAGCUUUGGCAAUCUUAAUCAGAACUCUGGUAGGCUUAAGCCUAUAACAAGGUUCACAUAUUGUGCUAAAUCUCUAGCCUGUAUUACCACACACAAUAUUAUGGUGAUAUAUUGCAUUAAAAAAUGUUGUUGUUGUUUGACAACUGUUAUGGAA